AUGGCUAGGCCCGUAAGGGUGUUGGCGACUGUCGCCAUCUUCAUGUGGUGUGUCUUUCUCUACAUGAUUUUCAGACCGUCGUCGCCGUUAUUAGUCGCCGAUGAAUUCUCAAACUUCGAGAGGGAUCCGAUGCACGAUCCAACCGGCGAGCCCGAUGGCAUCCUAAGACGCGUAUCAGCAGGCUAUGCAGCAGAUGCCAACCCCACUGAGCGGAUUAACGCGACGCUCCUGGCGCUGGUGAGGAACGAGGAGCUAGAUGGCAUGCUGCAAGCCAUGGGUGACUUGGAGCGCACAUGGAACAGCAAGUUCAACUACCCUUGGACCUUCUUUAACGACGUUCCCUUCUCGAAAGAGUUCAAGGAGAAGACUCAAGCCAUGACAAACGCCAAGUGCAACUACGAACUUAUCCCCAAGGAACAUUGGGAAAUGCCGUCUUGGAUCAACAAGGACAUCUACGAUGAGUCGGUCAAGAUCCUCAAGGAGAACAACAUCCAAUACGCCGACAAGAUCUCGUACCAUCAGAUGUGCCGAUGGAACAGCGGUCUCUUCUACAAACACCCCGCCCUCAAGGAUGUGCAAUACUACUGGCGAGUGGAGCCCAAGGUGCACUUCUUCUGCGACGUUGACUAUGAUGUCUUCCGCUUUAUGCAGGACAACAACAAGACCUACGGCUUCACCAUCAACCUCUACGAUGCGCCCGAGUCGAUCCCGACUCUGUGGCCUGAGACGCAAAAGUUCUUGGCAGAGCACCCCGAGUACAAGCACCCCAACAACGCGCUCGACUGGCUCACGGACAAGGAGAAGCGCCCUGAACACAACCGCAAGGCCAACGGCUACUCGACAUGCCACUUCUGGAGCAACUUUGAGGUUGGAGACAUGAACUUCUGGCGCAGCAAGACGUACGAAGACUACUUUAACCACCUUGACCGUGCUGGUGGCUUUUUCUACGAGCGCUGGGGUGAUGCCCCCGUGCACAGCAUUGCCCUUGGUCUCUUUGAGGAUGCCAGCAAGAUUCAUUGGUUCCGAGACAUCGGAUAUCAGCACAUUCCAUUCUUCAACUGCCCCAACUCACCCAAGUGCAAGGGUUGCGUCGCUGGACGCUUCACCGACGGUGAGAAGUGGCUUCACCGUGAGGACUGCAGGCCGAACUGGUUCAAGAUGCACGGUAUGGGCUAA